UACGCGGUUUACCGUUUGAGGAUCUUGCUACAGAUGCUACAGCUUGACUUUGCUGUGUGAAGUCACCGAAGCCGACUCGGCUGCCUGGGAUCUGUUCCGUCCUGACCUCGUGUGCGCCGCCGGCCACCUCCUCGGCUCCUCCUUCCAUCCGCCGCCGUUGCCGGAGAUGGAGGCGUCGGCGUACAAGUUCGGACCCUACACGAUCGAUGCGAGGGGGGUCUUCCACGCCACGGCCCUCUCCUACGCCAUGGUCAACCUCCGCCCUGUCCUCCCUGGUCAUGUCCUUGUGUGCCCCAAGCGUGAAGUGAAACGUUUUGCUGAUCUAAGUACUGACGAGACUAUUGAUUUAUGGGUCACUGCAAAGGAAGUUGGUGUACGGCUUGAGCAAUACCACCAAGCAUCUUCUCUUACAUUUACAAUUCAGGAUGGUCCUCAAUCUGGCCAAACAGUUCCGCACGCCCACAUCCAUGUGAUCCCGAGGAAGAAAGGAGAUUUAGAAAAUAAUGAUGAAAUAUAUGAUGCGAUUGAUGUGAGAGAGAGAGAAUUGAAAGAAAAGCUUGAUCUGGACAUCGAAAGAAAAGAUAGAACCAUGGAAGAAAUGAGUCAUGAGGCCAGAGAGUACCGUGCUCUUUUCUCCUAGACGUAUUUCAUAGAAACUAUUCUGUAACUUCUCACUUGGUGCUUUCCCUGAAAUAAAACUUAUAGGAAUAUUUUUCUGUAAUAUAGCAGUAAAUAAUUUAUUUCCACAUGGUGAUGUGCAGUCUAAACUAAUGAGUCUAAUGUUGUAGGUUACUUGUAUGCUACGUGGGAUAACAGUUGUCUCUUGGAA